AUGGCACGGCAAUUGGAUCGAGUAUUUGUUCUACCAAAUGUUGGCCGUUCAAGACUAGCGGCAUGCCACUCUUUUACGUUUGAUUUCUACUAUUCCCUCGAACUAAUUCAGCAGUCUUCACCGAACAUUACAUUUAUCACACAAAAUCAAUUUUUGCAGUGGAACCAGGAGAUGAAGGCAAUCGGAGCUGAAACACCCACCGCACACCUUGUUCAUUUGUAUAGUGAACACAUUAAAUCACCUAAAUUGGCAUCCGAUUUGGUUGAUUUUGAACCAUACCAGCGAAAGUUUUGCCUACAGCCGUUUGACAAUCUAAGGUACAGCAAAGAAGGGGACCGAGUUAUUGAAGACAUUAUCGUGACACCAAAAUACGGAUUUCGCUCACAGGAGAAUCAAGCUAAAGUUACUCCGGCUAUAAUUCGCUCUCUUCAAUCUGUCAAGUCAGAUGUUAUGCUAAUACGUUGUGACUCUUAUUGGAUGAUCGACGGUCCAAACCCGCCAGAAUUUGUAUAUGCCGAUCACUGGGCAGAGCAAGCCAAAGCGGCAGCAGGAUUGCUAUACCCUUAUAUUGCAAUUCAUUGGCGGAUGGAAACGGCAAACCCAGAUUACCUUUAUCAAUGCAGUCAAAAUCUUGUUAAGUAUAUUCAGCGUGCAAAAGCACGGACGGGAAUAGCCAACGUCUACAUUUCUACUGAUUAUCCAAUCGAUGGCGGAUAUCAGCGUUCAGGAACUUUUCAUAAUAUUACUCAAGAACAUCAUAGAGCUGCAGAAUUACUCAAAAACAGUGUAAAUCUUUACACGUGGGAGCGCAUAAAAUCUUCACUGCCUUUCUUUAACGAGACAAAAUUUUUAACGCAUGGGAAAGAUUUGGACGAUGCACACGGAACUCUCGCACUUACAGAAAAGUUGAUAUUGGCGUAUGCCAAUUGGUUUGUCAGUGGACCGCGAGAAUGUUGUAGAUUUGAAAGCUCUUAUACUUCUCAAGUUGUAGACGAAAGAGCUAAGAUUAUUGAAAGGCAGCCGAUUGAUGCUGCUACUAAUAGUAAAUUGUGGAACUUGAGAGAUUUUUGGAAUUACGAGUAG